CUCUCUGAUUGGUUGAACGGCCUGUCAGUCUGGGAUGUGUGGACCAAUAGCAGCGAGCGGCAGGCGAUACAAACAUAUGUCUAUGAUACAAACUAGCAGCCGCCAUGUUGUAUCUCCGGGGCCCCGGAGGGACGUCCGGUAGUAAACAGUAGCCGACGAUACCGGGGCUCAACUCACCGGAACGGGACCGUAGCUGGAAGUCAUGAGCCGCCCGUCCUCAGCCGGAGCCGGAGGAGGAGGAGGACUCGGGGCCGGGAAAGCAGGCGGCGGAAAGCACGGGGGUUCUGGGGGCACCGCUGCCGCCGCCGCAGCAGCAGCCGCCGCCGCCGCCGCCGGGGUGAGCUCCGUGUCCGGGUCCGCCGCUCCUUCCUCCGCCGUGUCCCUACCCCCCGCCGGCCUGCCCGGCCAGCCCCCGGAGCUCACGGCGUUGUUCGAGUGUCCGGUGUGCUUCGACUACGUGCUGCCGCCCAUCCUGCAGUGUCAGGCGGGUCACCUGGUGUGUAACCAGUGCCGGCAGAAGCUGAGCUGCUGUCCGACCUGCCGGGGCCCGCUGAGCCCCAGCAUCCGGAACCUGGCCAUGGAGAAGGUGGCGUCCACCCUGCCGUUCCCCUGUAAGUACUCCUCAGCCGGCUGCCUGCUCUCCCUCCACCACAGUGAGAAACCCGACCAUGAGGAGGUGUGUGAGUUCCGUCCCUACACCUGUCCCUGUCCUGGAGCUUCCUGUAAAUGGCACGGAGCUCUGGAGGCCGUGAUGCCGCACCUGAUGCACGCACACAAGUCCAUCACCACGUUACAGGGUGAAGACAUCGUGUUCCUGGCGACCGACAUCAACCUCCCGGGCGCCGUGGACUGGGUGAUGAUGCAGUCGUGCUUCAGCCAUCAUUUCAUGCUGGUUCUGGAGAAGCAGGAGAAGUACGAGGGCCACCAGCAGUUCUUCGCCGUCGUGCUGCUCAUCGGGACCCGGAAGCAGGCCGAGAACUUCGCCUACCGGCUGGAGCUCAACGGGAACCGGCGCCGUCUGACCUGGGAGGCCACGCCCCGCUCCAUCCACGACGGCGUGGCGGCCGCCAUCAUGAACAGCGACUGCCUGGUGUUCGACACGUCCGUGGCCCACCUGUUCGCCGACAACGGCAACCUGGGCAUCAACGUCACCAUCUCCAUGUGCUGAGGGCAGCAAACGCCUCGCGGGGCAUCGAACGCCUCGCGGGGCAUCGAACGCCUCGCGGGGCAGCUGGUUCAGGAGGCGUUUGAGUGCCGCCCGUUCAUCAGGACUGUUUCCUCCUCAGCUUGGAUCCGUCGACACCAGCAGAGAACGCUUUCCCUCCAGAUGUUUGUGUUCUGCAGAUUAUUCUUGACUUCAAUCAACCAGAAGACGUCAGAUUUAAACAGAAACCCUCAAAUCUGAGCAGAUAUUUAACAUGAAUCUACGUUUAACUUUAUCUUUGAUUGAUGAAAGAUAAUUUUAUCAGUGAAGUUUGAUGUAAAGGAGUUAGAUUGUAAUCUUCCAGAUGUCUGAGUUAAAUAUUUGAAGAUUCAUUAAAAUCAGAUCAGAGAACAUGAAUGUGACGGAAAAUGAACUUUACUGAUCAGGAAUAAUCUGCAGAUCGAUCAGUUCUCUGAGAUCCUCUGGAGCUGCCGGUGGAUUCACGUAAACCUUUGGGAAACGUCUGGACUCUUCAGAGCCGAUGGUGCUGGCUGACCUCAGAUGAAAGAAUCCUGCAGAGCCUUAAUCCACACAGAAGACCUCCCAGAACACAACAACGUUCAGACAACGCAGAAGAAACCUUCAGAGAACACGUCUGGAUGAAACCAAGCUGCAAUAAAAACCCAAAGACGCGCGAUGUGGAGUUCUGACCCGGAGGUUUAAGACCGAAUGAAAACAUCUGAACCCUCUGAGCUCCAGACUUUGUUUUUAGUCAGCAGACGAUCUGAAGGUGAACGUUUCCAUGUUUCUAAAGCUGAAAUGUUAAAGGUUUGGACUAAAACCAGCAGCUUCAGGGAAGAAUUCUAAACAUAUUUCACUGUUUUACAGCGUCUGCUUGUUGGAAUAGUUCAUGUUUUCUGUUUGGAUUUUUUUCACGUCUCUGACACGUUUAAUUUAUGAAUUAUUAAAGAGAAAUUAAAUAAAUGGAUUCCAUUUGGCCCCAGAAUUUGUGAAAUUUCCCCAACAAAACAGACAAGCAGUUUAAAAAAAGUAGAAAACCUGAUUAUUAAUAAAAAAAAACUUUUUACAGUCUGCUCAUACAUUCUGUCAUUUUGGUGAUUUAAAAAAAUCACAGAAAAUCUGGAAAACAUCUGAAAUCAGCAUGUCCGAUGUUUUCCAUAUUUUUAUUUAUUUUUAUUGUAAAUAUCACAAAUUUCAGCUCAGAAUUUAUAAAAUCUCAAAAAACCCAAAAAACAAACGAAUAUUUAAAAAAUGUUAAAAAUCUGAUUCUUAUUAUUUUACAUUUUUGCUUCAUAAAUUGUAAUUUUAAUGACUUAAAUUUUUUUUUAAAAUUAACCAAAAUUGGUGGAAACAUCUGGAAUCAUGUCUAGUAUUUUCCAUAUUUUAUUAUUAUUUUUGUUUGUUUUUGGCUCCGUUUUAAUCAACACACAUUUAUAAAUAAAUAAUAAUAUUUUCACAAUUUUACGCUCAGAUUUUCACAAUUCCCCCAAAACAGACGCGUAGUUAAAAAAAUUGUUGAAAAUUUUGUUAUUUUUUACAUUUCUGGCUCAUAAAUUCUGUCAUUUUUUUAAUUUAAAAAAGGAAUUCAAUAAAAACGGGGGAAAACAUCUGGAAUCUUGUCGGAUAUUUUAGAUUUUGAUGAAAUAUCAGAAAUUUUAAGUGCAGAAUUUAUUUAUUUCUCUAAUAAAACAGGAGGAGCUGAAACCUGCUGAUGAAUGACAUCAUUCUGGUGAUUUGUUCAAAAGAAAUGGUUUGUUUUUGGGCUUCGGAGGGUUCAAAUGUUUAUCAUUGUAUUAAGCACGGUGGUGGCGGUAUCAUGAGCCCCCACUGUGCUUUUAACUGAAGCUGCGGCACGACGACAGCUUUAGUUCUUUAUUUUUCAUAUUUAAGGAUUAAAUGAAGGUUUUGCAGCUGAAAUCCGGUCAGAUGAAGUUUUUAAAUGUGUAAUUUCUGCUGUAAAUAUGUAUAAAUGUGUAUAAAUAUUAAAUAUGCAGAACCAGACUUCACUGUGCAAACGACCAAACUCUCAGCGAUGAUCAGCUCCACGUCAACACUUUGUACCAGAUGUUUUCACAACCUGUAAAUGAUUUAAAGCGACGGUAUAUUUUAUAAAAAAAAACACAGACUGCUGCUUUUAUUCUGCUUUUUGUUUGUUUGUUUGUUGCUCGACUGUUCAGAGUUUAUGGGAACCUCAAAUCGUCUGAAUUCUGUUCUUGUUCUCGGUUCUGUGAUGUUUCUGUAAUAAACGGGUGCAGUUUGUUUAACCUGA